CGAACGCACUCAUCCAGGACAAAAAACCUACAGACUACAGCACUUCGCAAUGUACCCCACGACUCAAGAGAAAGCUGCAAUUCAGGCGGCCGAGAAGCUGAUGAACGACACCAUGGCGCGUUACGACCCAUCUCACGACGCGUACCACGUCGAACGCGUCCGCAAAACCGCCCUGAACCUCGCUCACUCCCUUCCCAACGGCGCGCAACCCGACCUACUCGUCAUCGAGAUCGCCGCGCUCCUACACGACGUCCUCGACAAGAAAUACGUGACGCCCGCCGAGGCUGCGGACCCGUACGCGUUCUUUCUCCCGUUCUUCCGCUCUAUUGCGGAGCAGCCCGCCGGCGUGGACCUCGUUGCGGACGGGCGCGCGCGCCUGAUCGCGAACGUGAUCGAGAACGUGUCGUGGACGACCGAGAAGAAGCUGCGCGCGGAGGGGCGGUGGACGGAGUGGCACGAGACGUGCCGCGAGCUCCAUUGCGUGCAGGACGCGGACAGGCUCGAUGCGAUUGGUGCUUUCGGUAUCAUGCGCUGCGCAGCGUUCAGCUCCGUGACGAACCGUCCGUUACAUGCACCUCCAGGACGCACCGACACAGCCGUCGAGCAUUUCUACGAUAAGCUGCUGCACAUCCAAGACAGGCUCAAGACUGAACCGGGGAAGAAGAUGGGAGCGAAGCGGCACCAAUUGAUGUUGGACUUCCUUGAGGCAAUCAAGGAAGAAAGUGACGAAGCUCGAUAGCGAUUGGGCAAAGCUAAUGGGCCUGGAUGUGCGUAUCCACGAGGAACCAGCACGGAUCAAGUAUGUAUGACACCAUAAGCUACUUAUGUCUUUGUACCCCGAUAUUACCGCCAAC